AUGGUCACAAACACUGGAGCGACAACCGGCCAAAGUAACGUGAAGGAAAAUGGAGACAGCGGCAAAGAUGGGCAAGCAAAAGAUGAAUAUUCAAAUCUGAAACGAAAUUCAAAUGACGUCACAAAACCUAGUGACAAACCCGAUGAUGAUAAUCAACAACAAAGUGAAACCGAUCGGCCAAAGUUUAGCCAAACACCAGGAACUAACGGAAUGCCAAGCUCAGCAUACCAAGGCAGGCCAUACACAAGCAAUGGAGUACCCCCUACACAUAUGGGUAAUGGUCCCCAAGGCCCCUCUACUGCUGCCCCAGGUUACCCACCAUAUGGAUCAUACAACCACACAGGAUACCCAGGUAAACCAGGCAUGCGACCAAUGCAUAAUACCCCUGGGUACCCCAACCACAUGCAAAGGUACCCCACGCAGAAUACAGGGGGUACGCCAACCCUUAACCAGCUUCUAACCACCCCAUCAAAGUACCCCGCUCAAUACCCAGGUUAUCACCCAUCUACCCAACAGUCAGAUUAUCCGCACCAACCCCAGGCUUGGCAGGGUCGACCAACACAUUACCCUCGCCCCAUGGACCCUUCCACGAAGACCCCUGACAUGGCAGGUUACCCACAACCCCACCAAUAUAUCCAUGACCAACAACCGGGGUAUGGGGGCCAGCCCAGGUACCCUCACAUAGCCCCACCUGGGGCCCAGUCACCCCACCAACAGCAGGACACCCAGCAAGUCCCCGCCCCCACCCGCACCCCUGAUUCAAUAUCCAGCACCCAUUCACGCAUCACCGAACAGCAUAUGAUGUCACCGAAUCGCAACACACCCCAACCCACGCAUCAUCCUCAUGACCCAGCAUCAGGGGGGACAGUCCCUUCACCCCAAGUUCACCCACCCCACCCCUCAGUUGCGCAACUUCGGGGCCCAUCAGCCCCAGGAUCCCCUGCUUCAGUGGGGAACCCCCGUUCUAACCCCAUGUCACCCCCAAUGAAACCUGGCACCCCCCAACAAAACCGUCCAAGUUCCGAACAUCCGGACCAAAAUAUACCGAGCCAUUCACCAAUGCCAGGUUACGGUCACUACCGACCCCAAACAUCCCAGUCAUCAUAUGGACCCCCUAACCCAGUACCCCCAAAUUACCCCCAACAUAUGGUAUCACCCCAACAAUACCCAGGAGGGCAACAAUACCCAACCACACCCCAGCACCCUCAUGCUCCACAAAUGCGCCCGGCAGGUCCCCCAAGUGGUGGGAAACCUGGUCAAAUGAUGUCACCACAUGGUUAUACGCAAGCUCAGCAAUCACCCGUAUACCAAGGUGUACCUUACUAUGAAGGCUCACACCAACAUACAGUACAAGAUAUCAUAUUAGCAGGGUACAACACAAGUUCUCCGGCACCUUCAGAGCGACGACCGUCACGACAAGGUAGUCACCCCUCCGCUCAACAAACUGACCAGGGAGGGCGACAGGGAGCAGCAGCAGCCGCGGCAGCAGCGAUGGUAGCAGCCGCACAUUCAGCGCAACCUAUGAGCCAGCCUGCCCCGCGUAACCCCACCCCUACCUACUACCCCCCUGGUCCCCCUACUUCUCAACCACAACAAGCCCCACGCCCCCAUUACAACUUACAGCAAGGGGGUGAAAUGUACCAACAAAACAUGGGUUUCCCGCGCAUGCCUCACCCAGGGGUGCAAGGAUCAAGUCCCGCCCAAGGUAUGAUGGGACCUCCUGGCCCACCACAAGCUACCCAACGAAUGCCAGCUUCUUCAACCCCCUACGGUUAUCCCCUCCAGCCCUCUCACCCACAAUACCCCGGAUAUUACCCCCCUAAUAGUGGGGAAUCCCACCCCGCACCCCAUGGGUAUAACCCACCACAAAGCAACUACGAAACCCCACCCCCACCACCAGUAGAGGAAACACCAAAACCUAAGUCAUCAGCGCGAUCAGCUUCCCAGAAGCUAGCUGCGUUGUUCGAGCCCUCAGAUGAACCAGGAAGACGGGACUUUAUUGAUAGUGUCCUCCGUUACUGGGAAGACAAAGAUCUUCCACUGAAGAAUGCUCCUCUUAUGGGGAGGAAGACGUUGGAUCUCUUCCAUCUUUAUCAUAAAGUAAAGGAUCGGGGAGGAAUGCAAGAGGUAACGAGUGGUAAGAAGUGGGCUGAGAUAAGCACGGAGAUGGGGUUGGGCACUUCCUCCACAUCAGGGUUCACACUUAAGAAGCAAUAUUGUAAAUACUUAUACGGCUACGAAUGCAGAGUUGAGCGGGGUCAGGAAGAACCUCAUGAAGCUAUGGCAAGCCCCCUAGUAAAAAGUGGUGCAACCAAUUCGAUGAAUACUAGAGGCGAACCGGAAGCGCAAAGUUCAGGUCGACCAACAAUACGCAAAAGAAGAAGCUGCUAA